AUGAUUUUGGCGCAGCUUCCAAGGAUUCAUUUCUCCAUCUUCGCGAAAUCCCAUUUCUCUCUCUCUUCUUCGCAUUUCAAUUUCAUAAACCCUAAGCCUCCGGUUUCAGUAGCCAGAACCCUCUUUUCAUUCGCGGCUAAAUCCAAUAUCGCCACUGUUGAGCCCAUACCACUGCCGGUAUCGGAUUCAUCGGAUCUGGAUGAUGCUCCAGUGGAGAUUUCGCUGGACAAGCUCUUUAUCCCACCGGAGACGGAUAUCUCCGGCGACGACCCGUCGACUCUAACGGCUAGGAUACUGAAAGGUUCGAAUAUAGUGCUCAGCAAGUACGCGAGAGACGCGCAGGUGGUUCAGGCCGACUACGUGAAGAGCAGUGUCAAGACGGAGGAUUGUCCGGCCGAUGGGAUACCGGAGUUUGCGCUCGUCGGGAGAUCCAAUGUUGGGAAGUCCUCGCUCCUCAAUUCGUUGGUGAGGAGGAAACGCCUUGCCUUGACCUCUAAGAAACCUGGAAAGACGCAAUGCAUUAAUCAUUUCAGGAUCAACGACAAUUGGUACUUGGUAGAUUUGCCUGGCUACGGGUACGCAUCAGCACCGCACGAAAAGAAAGUAGACUGGAACAAAUUCACCAAAGACUAUUUCCUGAACCGAUCAACAUUAGUCUCAGUGUUUUUGCUAGUUGAUGCCAGCAUUCCUCCGAAGCAGAUCGAUCUCGACUACGCUAGCUGGCUUGGUCAAAACCAGGUUCCGAUGACUAUGGUAUUCACGAAAUGCGACAAGAGGAAGAAGAAGAAGAACGGAGGGAAGAGACCGGAGGAGAAUAUAAAGGAAUUCCAAGAUUUGAUACAAGGAUUCUUUGAGACAACACCACCGUGGAUUAUGACCAGCAGUGUGACAAAUCAAGGUCGGGACGAGAUAUUGUUGCAUAUGGCUCAGCUAAGAAACUACUGGCUCAAACACUAA